AUGGAACGGCUCGCCGAACGACUCGGUCUGGGUCGCACCACCACCUUUAUCGCGCAUGUGACGAUCCAUGAACUCUCCCAAGGUACGAUCACCGAUCACACAUCCUCGUCGUCUACGAUGGAGCCUUACUGCGAUCACUGACAACACGCCGUUGAUUUGCCUUCCCCGUUCCCCGUUCCGAAACGCGCCGCGCCACGUCUCUCCGCCAUCUUCCACCCCGUCACCGCGUCACCGCACCCGAUCGUUUAUGCUCCUAUUCCGGCAAUACCACAAAACGCAGUCCCCUUGGUCUCGGGUCGCUUCAAGGUCGACUGGAAGUACAAAGGUGCUACAUCGGACAAGAUAGGUUCCCCAUUCGAUUAUCACCAUGCCCAGUCGACCAAACCCGGAGCGGGAGCGGGAGCUGCAUCUGCAUCUGCAUCUGCAUCUGGAGCUGGACCAGGAGCAGGAGCAGGAGCUAUAUCCGGAUCGGGGACGGGGACGGGAACGAGCUCGUCGGGCCUCGCACCCGCAGCCAACAUCAACGAUGUGCGGUCCCCCAUGACUCCGACGCCAUCGAAUCCGAGGGGUGAACACAAUCAUCCUUCCAACAUGCUUCAUCCUUUGAGCGCAUUGCAUCAGACGAGAACGACCUCGACAGAACGUGGCGGCGCUCCUUCGAUCGAGUCCCACUUUUCGGUCUCGACAUCCACCUCCUCCGGGCCCAUCACCUCUGAGCACCAAAGAAGAUCACCUCUACCACGAAGUACGAGUGGUCCCUCGUACGAAUCCGACACGCUCAAGUCGCCGACCACACCCAGCCUAGGUGACUAUGCCAAAACGCCGAAUCCGAACCGAACACCCGUCGUAGGUUACGCCCAGACGUUCCAACGCCACGCCUCGGGAGCAUCAGCACAGCAGAGUUUCGGUAGUCCAGGAUUGAACGAUCGUGAUGACCAAGACCAGGAUGAACCUUCCGCAAGUGGGCAUGGACGUCGAGCGUCGAUCCCGACCGUGUCGUACGUCUCGGUCGAUCACACCGAGCCGAAAGGAUCGACAACCUGGGCCCCACUACGAGCACAUACCGCGACCUUCAAUCGAGUCGUCUCAUGCCCUGUUGCAAUCCCCCUCAAAUCGAUCCGAUCUUCGUCAUCUUCCUCCUCCCUCCCCUCGACGACAGCAGCAGCGACCCCCCGCCACAUUCUACAACCUUCCUCACUCAAGCUGCGCGUGCGCCAAGAAGUGCCCGGCGACGAAGAAGGCAAGAUGAAGGAGGUGAAAACUGGGCAGCUCGUACUUGACCUCAGUCAAUUCGUCACUCUGGCCAAAGGGAAGGAGCCUACGGCAAGGAGGUACUUGUUGAGGGAUUGCAAGACGAACGCAACGUUGAGGGUGACGGUCCGGAUGGAGUUUCUUGCCGGAGAGAGGACCUUUGUCGCGUGAGUUUAUGCAAAGCGACCCGCAUUGAAUCCGCUUCGAUGUACUGAUGGUGUGAUUAUAUGGCAGACCACCACUCAAGACGGGUCAGAUCGCCGCUUCAAGCAGGAGUGGAGUGGCGACCUCGACAAACUCGCCCUUCAGUCGAUCAACGACGUCCCGUGAGUGUGAUCCAUGCUCCAUCGCAAACAGGACGAAGCUGAUCUUAACGAUGGUGACGAGCUCACAGUGAUUAAGGACAACAAGAACGUCGCUCGAUCGAUCACCCAUGGCGGGAGUACGAUGGAAACGCCGGCGAUGUCGAGAACGAAUUCGGUCACGUCGAUCAGUACCCAUGAUGGUCGAUCAUCAACGUCGCCAGCGACAAGCUCGAACCCCAAAAAAGGUUGGAGAGUGAGUGCACGCAUCUUUGUCUGUCGAUCCGAGUGUUUGGUAUUGACCACGGUUCCGCGCACAGCCGACGGUAUCCGCGCAAUGGCCAUCAAUGUCCCCUUCUGCCGGAUCGCUCGGGAUCCGACACGAGAGCGAGCGUUCAGCGAACGAGAUCAUCGACGUCAUUUUCUCUCCCUCCGAUCAUUGGAAGUCGCCUUUCCCAACUACACCCCAUUACGAGCGCUCGGGCCUGCAUCAGCAGAUGGACUUCCCGAAUCGGUCCGCCGAGGAGUUGAACCACGGUACGGAUGGUGGAGCUCGACACUCGAGUUCCACCGGCGGGGAUGUUUCUUCGACGGGCGAAGCGACGACGCAAAUCAAGAGGGACAAGAAGACUUGGCGAUUCAUGCCGCUGAGUCGCAAGAUGCCCUUGACGGGCACGCCCGAGUCACUUUCACCUGUUACUCGCUCCGAUGAUGUAUUGGGGACGUACCCCGGCAACGGCAGUUUACGACCCUCUCCAUCUCGACAAUCGAGUAUGCGCAGUGAAACGAGUGCGACGAGGCAUAAAUGGCAUGCGGGAGAGAACGAACCGAGGAACGAGUCGACAGAGAACUCUGAACCGAAGGCACACGCAGGAGCGACGAGUGCGACUCGACCGAUCGGUGAUCCCAAGUACCUCGAUCGAUCGAAGAGGGAAGAUUCUUCGGGUUCUUCAAUCAAUGGUCGACCGAAGUUGAACGUCGUGACGUCAAGUGAGAGGAUGACUCGCGGUCAAGUCCGAGGUCCUGAAGGUGCUGCAGCAGCGUCGGGUCAAGCUUUGUCGAAGAACGGGCAAACGAGGAACGCCUCGGGGACGUCGACGGGCGCGUCGUCGUACCACUCUACAGCAAGUCAUGAACACCGUAUUUAUUCGUCCUGUACGACCUCUUCAUCAUCUGCGUCAUCCUCGAACCAUUCCGACUCUGAAGACGAAGGCUCCGACAACUUUGACGUCGACGAUUCUGGCAACCGUGGAUUGACUCGAAUAGCUCGCUUGGCCCGAGCCCCGAGUUCGAACCCUUUGUACGGUGGGCCGGCGGGAUUGAAGUCGAUGAAGUUGCGCGUUCAAGAAGUUGGAAAGGAUGCUUUCGGGUUCGGGACUAGUCCGAAGAAGGCCAAGGAGAAGGAGAGGGAGAACAAGUCGGAAGGAACUCGUUCAACAUCCGGCGCGGAUCCAACGGGCACGGGCAUGGGCACGGGCACGGGCAAGUUGGUGUGGAAUGAGAGUUGGAAGUAG